GAGAGAGAGAGAGAGAGAGAGAGAGAGAGAGAGAAGGGGGGAGGAGGUUUCUUAUAAGUGCCAGCUACCACUCUCUCUUUCUCUCUCACACACUCACAUUCACUCUCUUUCUCUGUUUCUACCUGUCUGUCUUCCCCCUCGACUCUCUCCCUCCGGCCUUACAAUCAAGUUUCUUCGCCCAAACAACACAGGUGUGUAGGCGCGGUCCGCAGCAUGUCCGCUAACGGGCCGCAGAUGCCAAGCUUGGCGGGCCUGGUGGCCGGGGUGGUGCCACCUCUCACGCCCGCCGCCCAUAAAGGCCAGGCAGGCCGAAUUGGCAUCAUGGGGGGGUCCCUUGAGUACACGGGGGCACCCUUCUACUGUGCCAUGACGGCGCUGCGUAUGGGCGCCGACUUGGCACACGUGUUCUGCCACCGCGACGCGGCCAUUCCCCUCAAGACGUACUCGCCGGAGCUGAUCGUGCACCCGCUGCUGGACGCAGCCGAUCCGCUCACCGAGCUGGAGGAGUGGCUGCCGCGCCUGCACGCUCUGGUGCUGGGCCCAGGCCUCGGCCGCCGCCCGCAGACCUUCGCCACGCUGGGCCACGUACUGGAGGCCGCCAAGGACCGCCAGCUGCUGCUGGUGCUGGACGCCGACGCGCUUUUCUACUUGAAUGAGAACUAUGACACAAUCCAGGGCUACUCUAACGCCCUGCUCACGCCCAACAAGGUGGAGUUCGCGAGACUGUACCGCGCCGUGAUGAAGGCUGACAUGCGAGCCGAGGGCGUCACGGCGGAGCACGUGCAGCAGGUGGCGACGCGGCUGGGCGUCACCAUCGCCUGCAAGGGAGCCGUGGACAUCAUCGCCAGCGGGGAUGGCGUGGUGCGCUGCGAGGUGGUUGGCUCCCCUCGACGCUGCGGCGGCCAGGGCGACGUGCUGAGCGGCGCAGCAGCCAUCCUUCUGUACUGGGCCUACGGCACCGCGGCCGCCACGCAGGAGCAGCCCAUCUACCCGCCCACGGUGCUGGCAGGCUGGGGCGCGUGUGCCCUCACCCGCCGCGCCGCCAGCCUCGCUUUCAGCCAGCGAGGGCGCGGCACCCUCACCACAGAUAUGCUGCCCUGCAUCUCCCAGGCCUUCAACUCACUCUUCGAGGGCAAGACCAAGUGAUGCAAUUCCACGCCCCACAACAGCCCCCAGCCCAGCCCCCGCUGGGACAGGGGGCACUCCCUUCCCUUCCUCCAGGGUACACCGGACCCUAUCUCACUCUGGGUUAGUGACCACGGCUGCGGUGCACACUGCCUUCAGGCAAUCAAUAAGAUAAGGCAGUGGCAGUAAUGCAAUACAUUUUCUAUAUAGUGUUCUCUGGACUGUUGAUUUCCCUCACAAACGUCACAAGUCUGCGUCACCAACGUGCUCCUCUGGUGCUACGGUGCUGGUCGGCACUGCUCUUGUAAUGACGUCCCUGUAUUCCAGUCAUAACGUGUGGCAAUUCCUAGGCACCUUGUUUGUCUGCUUUCAUUAUGGGUAAAGCUUCCAUUGUGCCUCAGCCAUUUUGGGAUGAAUGUUAUGUGAUCGCACAACGAAAAACAAUCAUGACACACACACACACACACACACACACACACACACACACACACACACAGCGACCCCAGCACUGUAUAAACAAAGAUAACAACAAGCAUAUUUAUUUAUCAGUAUAAAGGAGUACAUACAUCUUGUUCAGCACCUACAUACAUCAUGUAUCAAGAAAAAUAGCUAUUGUAUAAAUAUUUUACAUACAACAAUUGCAGGAGGUCUUAAAGUGUGUAAUUGUCAUGUGUUGUCAAAUGCGUAUUAACGGGAACUUUUUUUUUCUCAUCAGUUUUUAUUAUUUUGUGCAUCACCAUCUCUCUGUGCAACCAUCUGACCACCAUCUGUGUAGCCGCCUGCCAGGAAGUGCCCCGGCAGGCAGUGUGGUGGCGGCGGGAAGUCCGAGGGCGUGUAGUCACCAGACUGUGACCACUCUCAACAAAGGACUGAAUGGUAGCACACAGUCUGGCUAACUCCCAAGCAAGUCAUGUAAAGUCAUGUGUAUGUUUACCUUGACUCAAAACUGUCUUGCUCCUUAUCUUACAGUACGACAGCUGCCUACUCUGUGCAACAUGCUAAAAUUAUUAUAACUGUCAGUGGAAGUUCUUGUUUACAUGCAAUAAAUAGAACAAUAUCAAUAACAGCUAUGAAUUACAACAAAGUGCAUAGCAACCUUGGAGGCACAUGACAAUGUACUACACACACACACACACACACACACACACACACACACACACACACACACACACACACACACACACACACACACCUGUCUCACUUUUGAUACUGUGGUAUCUUAGUAUGUACUGUUGGCAUAUUCUUAUUUUCAAACAUUUCUCUUCAUAUUGUUGGUAGGUAAGUCAUUAAUGGUUUCCUAUUAAAUAAAAAACUUUGCAUAA